AUGCCGGUCCGGGACCUGCUCCGCAUUCAGAACCCCUCGUACACUGUCCAGCAGCCCUUGCCCGAAGGUUCACUCUCUACUCAGUCGAGCCCACCCUCCGAUGGCGACGUUAUCGACGAGGAUAUCGUCUCGGUCGAAAAGGCGGAUACUCUGGUGGAGGUCUACAAAUCAGAAAUGAUGCCUCACUUCCCAUUCAUAAUAAUACCAUCACAUGAAACUGGGACCAGCUUGCGGCAUGAGAAGCCCUUCCUAUUCCUCGCGGUGCUGUCGGUUGCUAGCUUCCAUGACUUGGUGGGCCAGGAGAAGCUAGGCAACAGGUUCAAGACGAUGGUGACCGACAAGGUCUUAUACGGAGGAGAUGACUGCUUGAAAUUGGAAUACCUGCAAGGCUUGAUGAUUGUGCUGGCGUGGUGA